AUACCUAUCUGCAGACCUUCAUGACCGUCAACGGCGUCGAGUCGUAUGGUGCGACUGCUUACUCCGGCGCCUGGGUCGCCGCGGCAUUCUUCACCGGCAUCGGUCUUGCAUUUGUCGGUGGUGGAGACUCAUGAGCGGGGAUUGGGGAAUGUAUACCUUGCUUUGCCUCGUGACCAAGGCAAAUUCUACCUUGGCGAGGCGAACAGCAGAUGCUGACGGUCCAAGAAGAGGAGUUUUUGGGGCUUUUCGAGGCCAAGGGCGGUCUCUUUCUUUUUUUGUGCUUUUCGGGGAACUUUGCGCAGCCUUGGAAACGAGAGGGAAGUUGCUUCCUUGGAGGGGCGAUGAUGCACAUCGAAAGGUUGUUGCUGCAGCUGCAUUGCCCGGUGAUCCAUCCAAGUCGAUGUAUACCAAUCUUUUGCGUCCUUUUUUUUGUCCAUGUCUCGAGUAGUGUACAUCUUUUAGUCUUCCUAUUCUCGUGCGUCUUGUCUAUCUAGCGAUAUCCUAACGGUGAUACGUCCAGCGAGACUUACCUAUCAAAGACACGUUCAAGCCAA